UCUUGAUAAAAGUAAAAGCUUCAAUUCGUAAAGCUUUCCCCACACGUAUGGUGAAAAAAUAAUGUAAAUAGAAAACAGCUGAUUUCUAUUCAAAUUAUUCGUUAAAAUGGACAAUUCUGCAACUAAACCCAAGCACGAUAGAGCUACGCACGAGCAGCUGGAGGCAUAUGUGUUGUUUUGCCAAGCACACCCAGAAAUUAGUACGGGGAAAAAUUGCCCAAAGACGCCUCAACGGAUGAAGGAGUUGUGGCAACAGCUGGCAGAGCAACUUAAUUCGUGCAGAGGACCAAUACGAAGUGCUGCAAAAUGGAAAGAGACGUUAGGCGUUUGGAAAAGCCAACUGCGCACUCGAGCAAGGCGGUUGAAAAUGAAUCAAAGGCUCACAGGUGGAGGUCCAAGUUCCAAGCCGAUGACGGACUUCGAAGAAAUGGCUUUGUCGACAUUUGGCUCGGCCGCUGUAGAUGGGAUGCAAAAUGUGCAAAGCCUAGGUUUAACGCCAAUUGAGUAAACAGAUGAAUGCGCAAUUUCAUCACCCACGGGUUGUCCUCACCAAUUAUGCAGUCAGGUAGAUGCAAGCCCAAAUCCCGAACACCAUACAGCAAGUCCAUCGUCAC